GCCCCAGGCCGCUCUCGGGGGCGCGGCGCCCCGAUGUCCCACCACGGCACGGUGAAGAGCUGGGUCGGCGACAAGGGGUUCGGCUUCCUCCUGCCCGACGGCGGAGGCGAGGACGUCUUCGUCCACCGCUCCGCGCUGAUCGGCGCAGAGGAGCUGCUCCCCGGCGACAAGGUGAUCUUCGACAUCCGGGACGCGCACGCGGCGAGGAUCAGCGCUGGCAGGGGGCAGCUGAUCGACGCUGCUCCCCCGUGGUUCAAGGCCGUCAACGUCUCGGAGAGCCUGAGCCCCCCGGCCUCGGGGUGCUUCGGCGGCCUGUUCGAGGACGCGCCAGGCAGGCCCGCGCCCGCUGGCGACGUCGGCGCAGCCAUCGCCGCCUUCCUGGAGGCUGCCGCGGCCGGCGGCGGCGUGUGCGGCGAGGGCGCUGGGGAGCUGCUGGAGCGCUUCGUGUUCGCGGCCAGGCUGCUCGGCCUCGCGGCGGGGUACGCGGCCUGCUGCGAGGCCCGCGGGGCCACCGUGCUGGCCGACUUCGAGGGCGAGAUGCCCGGGCACGGCGGCGUGCUAACCACCGCACAGGUCCAGGUCACCAGGGCAAUGGACGGCCUGACGCUGGCGCCCGCCCACGCGGCGGACGGAACCCGCGGGCACUGGGAGCUGGGCCUGCUGGUGCACCUGGAGGGCGAGGGCCGCAUCGGCCUGCUGCGGCGCAUCAUGGAGAGCGCGCGCAUCGUCAAGGUCAUGUGGGGCGUCCGCGGCGACUGCGAAUCCCUGCUGUACCAGCACUGGCCCGUCCAGCUCGCGGUGACGCCCGAGGCGAUCGUGGACGCCAAGGCGGCCUUCCUGGGCCUCGGCAUGGGCAAGAUGCUGGCGCACGUGCCCCCCGAGCACCUGGAAGGCCUGCCCCAGAAGGAGCAGAUCGACUUCGACUCCGCGCACGCGGCGAACCGCGAGGCUCUCCCGCUGCCGCUCGGCCUCACGGCCGCGCGUUACGCCGUGGACGAUCUGCACCGUAUAGAGGCGAUCCUGCUGCACAAGCUGCCGAGGAGCGGGUCCUACGCGGAGGCGCGGAGCGCCACGGACUCGCUGCUGGCCGCGCUGCGCGGCGACCCGUGCGGCCUGGAGUCGCUCCCGCGGAGGGCGACCGCGACGCCUGGGCGCUGCUGGGCCGCGCCGAGCGGCUCGCCGACGCCGCGCUGCGCGCCGCGGGCGUCGCCGUGCCGCCAGACCUCUCCUUCGCCGGGCGCGGCUGAGCGGCGCCGCGACUCCCGGACCUCGAGCGCAUUAUAA